AUGGCUUCCAGUGUUCCAGGUGCCGCUAUCUCCAAGCGCAGAAAGUUCGUCGCCGAUGGUGUUUUCUACGCCGAAUUGAACGAGUUCUUCCAACGCGAGUUGGCUGAGGAGGGAUACUCCGGUGUCGAAGUCCGUGUCACCCCAACCGUCACCGACAUCAUCAUCCGCGCAACCCACACUCAAGAAGUUCUCGGAGAGCAAGGACGCCGCAUUCGCGAACUCACCUCCCUCAUCCAAAAGCGCUUCAAGUUCCCAGAGAACAGCGUUUCCCUCUACGCCGCCAAGGUCCAAAACCGUGGUCUCUCCGCCGUCGCUCAAUGCGAAUCCCUCAGAUACAAGCUCCUUAACGGUCUCGCCGUCCGCAGAGCAUGCUACGGUGUUCUCAGAUUCAUCAUGGAGUCUGGUGCUAAGGGUUGUGAGGUUGUCGUUUCUGGAAAAUUACGUGCUGCUCGUGCCAAGUCCAUGAAGUUCACUGAUGGUUUCAUGAUCCACUCCGGUCAACCAGCAAAGGACUUCAUUGACCACGCCACCCGUCACGUUCUCCUCAAGCAAGGUGUUCUCGGUAUCAAGGUCAAGAUCAUGAGAGGAUCUGACCCAGAAGGAAAGUCUGGACCAUCCAAGGGUCUCCCAGAUUCCGUCACCAUCAUCGAGCCAAAGGAGGAGCAAAGUGUGGUUCAACCUAUGAGCCAGGAUUACGGUGCGAAGGCUGCCGCUGCUCAAGCAGCUGCUGAGGCCGCUCGCUCAUCGGAACAGGCUGGUGAAGAGGCUGCUCCAGCUCCCCAAGAGGAAUAAAUUUAUGGAAUAGUAAAAUAGGAUGGGCGUUUCCUGCGAGUUCAUAGUUCACGGACUUGUAUUCACAUCUAGCCAACGAAAUUUACGGCUUUAAAAACACUUGAAAAUAAUGUUACAUGAUACUAUUAAAUGUGAUACCAAAUGCCACCACU